CACACACACACACACGCACUUUAAUACACACAGUAGCAGAGAAGCAGACAUACUUCAAUGCCAGCCAUCAGUGCAAAACCUCACUGCUGCUUUCCAUUCAUCACCACUGUCAUAACUCCGCGUCUCUGCUCCCUCUUGCCCAUAUUAUAUUGCUUAAAAACCUUGUAACUCUAGUUUGGUUUUUAUUUGAAAUGAUGUUUGUGUAAACUCACCAUUCAAGUAAAAACAUGGAAACUAUUAUAGAUUUUGUAGCAGAUUUCAUGGUCUAAAUCCAGCAGAUAUCUUGUUCUGAAGUGUUGAAAAGAAAGAUUAUGAAUCCCCACCGCUGCUGAUCUGUUGUUGACCCUGACCUCUGACCUCUCUGGGGUAAACAAAAGUUAAUUAAUCUUCAUAGAUCAGUGAUGAAGUUGGUAGCUGUAUUGUAAUAUUAGGAGAAGUUUUAAUAUAAUUAACUCUGGAAUGAAUCCUAUUUAAGACUAAUUUUGUGCUGUGCCAAUUUAGACUAUAAAAUGAAAUGACAGGCAAAGGCUAUUUUAUCCAGUUCCUGAAAAGCAGACUGCAAUGACAGAUUUAAAGGAAUAGUUUGACAUUUUGGGAAAUACACUUGUUUACCUUCUGGUUGAGAUUGACAUGAGAAGAAGCUACUCUCAUAUCUGUCAGAACGUUACAAAAUCCACCUACCAGCACCUCUAAAGCUCACUAACUCAUUACAUCUAGUUUGUUUAUUCUUUACCAAACCAAAGUGAAAAGAGCCAGGAUAGCUGGUUUCCUGUCUUUGUGCUAAGCUAAGCUAACUGGCUAUAUCUUCAUAUUUACAUACAGACACAAGAGUGGUAUUGAUCUUUUCAUUGCAAGACAGUGAAUAAGCAUAUUUCACAAAAUGCUGAACUAUUCCUUCAACAUAUACAAUACACGCAAGUAUCAUUGAAGGAUGACAGAUUGAAACCAUUUGGUCUCAAGCACAAAAAAAUAAAUAACAAUCCUGGGUGCAAAUAAUGGAUUUGGUACAUUUUACAGUAAUGGAGAUGUACAAUUAUUCUUAUCUUCCUCCUCUCUCUUACCAGCCACAUUGUUUACAAGAUGGUGUCAGUGAGAAACUGAAAGAAGAAGAAGUUAAAGAAAUUAGAUUUCAAAUGGGAGCCAAGGAAGUAAAGUAAGAGAGUUUGCAUGGUUACUGUGUAACUCCCGAGUAUCCAUGUGUACCUUAGUGUGUGCAAGGGGGGGGUAAUUGCGGUGUAGAAUGUCCUCCUCAUCACUGACCUGAACACAACGGUUAAUCAUCCACUAACCGGUGGGGAGAGAGACGGAGUGAGAGAAGGAGAGAGGAGCCAGUGUUCAGCGCUGCACAUUUGGAUUGAAACACUUUGAGGCACCUGUGCUUGUUAAAAGGAAAACGAAAACAAAGAAGAAAAGAGUCUGGAAUAAUUUAUAUAUUUACCCGACUGUGGAGGACACGCACCUGUCCCUGAAGAAGAAGAAGAAUUUGGAUUCUGCGUCUAUUUUCAGCAGCGUUCUCCCUCCUUGAAACAACUUCAACCAAAGCAUUGUGUGUGUGUUCAUGUGUAUCUAUGUGGGUUAGUAUGUGUGUUCUACGUGGACUAUCUUACCUUUGGAUUUGAUUGUGUGUGUGUGUGUGUGUGUGAGAGAGGCGGCCACAUGGGGCCCGGGCCCUGUGCGGGAUGCCAGCUGCUGCAGUGAAGCCCGCUCCGGAGGGCAUGGUGGCAGAGGGAGGAGGCGAAGGAGAGCGCGGUGUGUCCCAGUGGGAAGCCUCCGCGCUGGGCCGGGAGCGGCUGUCUCUGCCCUCUCUGAAGGUCCCCAGGGAGCUGCUGCGGAGCUUCCCCCACUCCAAACGGGUGGGAUCCUACCUGGUGGGGAAAAUGAUCAACAAGGGAUCAUUUGCCAAAGUGAUGGAGGGGCUACAUAUCGGCACGGGGGAAAAGGUGGCCAUUAAGGUGAUUGACAAGAAGAAAGCACGUCAGGACUCAUAUGUGCUGAAGAACAUGAAGAGAGAACCUCGGAUUCAUCAGAUGGUGCGACAUCCUCACAUCGUCGUCCUGCUGGAGACUCUGGAGACGGAGAACAGCUACUACAUGGCCAUGGAGCUCUGUGCUGGAGGAGACCUGAUGGACAGGAUAUGUGAGAGGAAGAGGUUGGAGGAGAGGGAGGUGCGGCGCUACACCCGACAGAUCCUCUCCGCAGUGGAACAUCUGCACAAACACGGCAUCGUGCACAGAGAUUUAAAGAUUGAAAACUUCCUGCUGGACGAACAUAACAACAUAAAGAUUGUGGACUUUGGCCUGAGUAACACUCUGAAGGCUGAAUCUCUGUCUCUGGAGCUUCUCAACACCCAGUGUGGAAGUCCUGCCUACGCCGCCCCUGAGCUGCUCGCUCACAGGAAGUAUGGACCCAAAGUGGACGUCUGGUCCGUAGGUGUGAGCAUGUUUGCCAUGCUGACAGGGACCCUGCCCUUCACUGUUGAGCCUUUCAACAUCAAACAGCUGCACCAGAAGAUGGUCAGUGGAGAGAUCAGCAGCAUCCCUGGUGAUGUCAGCAAAGGCGCCGUGUCGUUUGUGUUGUCUCUCUUGGAGCCAGAUCCAGCUAAGAGACCCAGUGUCAGAGCUGCGAUGGAGGAGAGAUGGAUUAAUGAGGGAUAUGCCAAGAAACCACUGCACACACUCUCACAUAAAAACAGGUUGUGUCCAGAGGAUCUCAAUUCGUCUGUGCUGGCAUACAUGACAGAGACGCUGGGCUACUCCCUCUCUGAAAUCAUACACACACUCACCAUCAACAGACCCUCCGCCAUCAUGGCCUCCUAUCAUCUGCUGCUCAACAAGCUCAACAGGAGCCAAAAAGGAGUCAAGGCCAGCAAGCAGAAGCUAGGGAGCAAUGACUGGAGUCUUCCCAGUAAGAACACCUGGAGGGAGAGAAAUAACACUGAGCCAAAGACUCAGCACCAGAAUGAACCAACCAAUGAAAAAGGUUCAAAACAGUCCAGCAGACCUCUGAAAGCCCAACAAAUAACCGAAUAUCAGAGCAGCAGGAAGAGGCCUGAGCACCAGCACAAAAAGGACCGAGAGGAUGACGAGAACCGUCCCCCGUCUCCCUCUUUACCCCAGCUUCCUCACUCUGCCUCCCCCUCUGUGCCCCCUCGCCUCCCCUCUCCUUCCCCUGCCCCACUGUCUGCAGAGGAUGGGACCACGGACGAGGAGAUUGCCAUCACCUUGGACACCAGAGAGGCUCUGUUUCCCGAGGUGUCUGUGUUCGGAGACAGGGAACUCGUCCAUCUUUCUCCUCCUAAAAGCUCUGCAUCUCAACUCUGUGACUCCGCCCCUUGCCAAGUCCCCUUACCCGCUGAGCCAAUCAGAGACAGCAGCAUGUCGAGACCGAUCCGACACACACACUUGCUCAGGACAACGCAAUCGGACGGCGCAGCAGACCCCGGGUCAGACUGCUUCCAUGACAACCGCCACCAGGACGAUCAUUCUCAUCACCUGAGCAUCAACGAGCGUCUGGAGAAGCUGCAGACGUUCUACUCGUCAGAGAAGAACGGUAUCUCUCCCAGGAUGCUCCUGGAGGCCGACACACACACCACACACUCCUCGGAUAGAGACCAUUUGGGCACCAUGGAGACGACGCAGACAUCACCCUCUGCCCCCCUGCCCCGUCUGCGCAACGUGGGGCUCAAAGACGGACGGGGUAGGAAGAUGACAUGGGUAGGGUUGACCCGACCUGGGCCCCCAGGACUCCUGGUGAACGGGUCUAAACCUCCUGCCUUCCCCUCACAGAGACAACACACUCUGGUCAUCAAGAGCCUCAGGCAGGAGAGAGGGAAGAGAAGAGAGCUGUCGGCAGCAGGAGGAGGAGGAGGAGGAGGAGGAGGAGGAGGAGAAAGAGUGACGGCAGGAGGAGGCAUGAAUGGAGCCAAGAGGAACUCAGUUCAGUUACGUUCAUCUCUCCAGCGUCGGGUGGCGGAUCUGAAUCUGCCGCUGCUUCCUGCGGCGCUUCAGGGGAAAACAGACAGGAAGAACCAGCUACACAGCAUGGACUAUUGACACAUAGAUGAUAGGACAUGAUAGAGUGGCAGAGAUAGGACUGAGGUUAGGAACAUGUGGAAAGCAGUUCAGAAAUGCCGGCCUGUGAUGAAAUAGGGUGCAGAUAUACAGUAAGGCAGCAGUGCACGGACAUUUUAACGGCAGCUACAAAAGCUAUGAUUUCAUGCUUUCUUGCAUUACUAUCCCAGUGAUCCUUUAAGCAACAACAUUUAUAAGCUGCAGUGCCAAAAAAAUCUAACUCUAACUACAUACAGGAGACAUUAAGUGAUAAGGAUGCAUUUGGUCUAGGUCAGAUUUUGGGACUCUGUUACAAUUUUCUUUUUGAAUCUCAAUAUGUUAACCUUCACCCAUCACAAUGUGAAGUGCAGGAUGCACAUUGAAUAAUGGUUCUAUUUGUAUUCGCUGUUAUUAAAUACAUUUUUGUACUCGCGCAAAUAGUUAAAGUAAAAAAAAGAAAAAAGAUUUGA